AUGGAGGACAAGUCGAAUGUACCAAUGGUCCAACCUCAGGGCAUUGUAAAUGUUCCAGAGGGUCGUGUACUGACAGGUGAGGACAUUGAUACGUUCAAGAUCUAUCCGGAUCAUGAUAAAGUAGUUCUAGAGUCAUCCAGAGAGGAUCUCAAAGUACCAAAGUCAAUCGCCUUCUUAGUCAAUGAUCUAAUGUCACGUGAAGAAUGCGCGUUCUACAUUGAGGAGUCACUUCGUAAAGGAUAUGUUACCAUUGAGAAGGAGUUCCCAAAGGAGUACAGGAACAACACAAGAACACUUGGCAAGAGCAAGACCUUGUCAGCUAUUCUCUGGAGUCGUCUUCAACGACACAUUAGAAUGGAGGAGUUGGAGGGCAUUAGACCUUAUGGAUUUGAUCAGGAGGGAGUUUGGAUUCCAGUGGAGCUGGAUGAUUGUUUCACGUUUGGUCGUUAUGAGCCAGGUGGAAGGUUCAAGCCACAUUUGGACGCGACGUACGCAGAGUCGCCAGACAGAAGAAGUAUCUUCACCAUGCAGAUCUACCUCAAUGAUGAUUAUGAGGGUGGAAAGACCAACUUCUUCCUGCCAGCCAACCCAUUGGAGGUCGACAAACAUGUGUUGUCCGCAUCGGUCACGCCCAAGACUGGCAUGGCUGUGCUGUUCAAUCACGACACACUGCACGAGGGUGCUAUGGUGGACAAGGGCGUCAAGUACAUCAUGCGUGUGGACAUGAUGUUCUUGCGUAUCGAUAAAGGCUAUAGAUUGAUGUCCGAUGAGAACAAGGCCAAGAUGAUGCGUGCUCGUGAGCUCUUCUUCAAGGCUGACAGUCUCGAAAAGGACGAUGGUGACCUUGAGGCCGCCAUCGCCACCUACGUCGACGCUCAAAUGCUCCUUGCGGCGUUGCCAUCGAUCGAAGAAGACACGAAACCCACGACCUCAACACCAGACGCAACCUCCACUUCGACCUCCACGACCACCACAUCGACGGGCAAGCGACCAAAGACACCGCCCACACCUCGCCAGUUGACCAUCUUUGACAUACCCGAGUACAUCUUGAAUGAUAUGUUGGUCACAUUGAACAUGAAGGAUCUGUGCAGCUUCCGUGGCUCAUGCAAGGAGUACCUCAAGACAUGCUCCAAGAACAGUCUGUGGAAGAACGUAUACAUCAAGCUGUUCUCGUAUGAGGCCUUCAAGUUUGAGGAGCCAAACGCAGUGCUGCUCGACAAGCCCAAGACCAAGCUGAGCUUUGGCAGUAUGAUGAAGAGAUUCAGUCGCGUCGAGGUCACCCUCGACCCACGCUGCUGGUACCUCACCGUGCAGAACGUGUACGCUGCGCUCGUCCAGCAUCACUUCCUCUUCUUUGACGUGGGCCGCGAGUUCACCAAGUUCUGCGACCACAGCUCCGUCUACAAGAUGAUCCCCACGCGCGCGUCCGUGCACUACGAGUACGCGCCUCACUAUGCCAUGUCGUCGCUGGACCGCGAGUCCUGGAGCGUGGGCUACAACGCCAGCUACUCGUCGUACCAGCAGCCGAUCGCCAGCGGACUGUUUGAGCCCAAUCGCCUACAGUGCCUCAACGAGAUCAUCAAGCACUGCAUGACCAACGAGGUCAGUCGCCGCUACCGUGCCACUGCGCCCUACAUCUUGUGUCUGGCGCCGCCCAUGAUUGGUAACGUUGAGCAGAUUCGCUUCCUCGGCUCCCUGCGCACCAAGCAGCACAACGACUAUGUGCAAUACAAGGCUGCGGCGCUGUGUGUCCUCCAAGGCUUUGGCCUGGACACGGGUGUCGUUGUGAUGUGUGGCGCCAACACUACAUUCAUCGUGACCGUGGCUAAGACGCGUCAGUUGGCAUACACCGCCUACCCAGUCCACGGUGGCACGGUUACCGAGUACCUCACCACCAAGUUCAAGGAGUAUGGCGCACCAGCUGAUGCCGCGCACCUGUUCGCCCCGGCCAAGGUACGCUACGGAGGCACGCAAGGCAAUAUGGAGUUGAUACCCGAGUGGUACAAACAGUGUCGCGUCUCCAUGAACUACAAGGUUGACGCGUCCAAGUCUAGCAUUGGAGCGGCCAUGCAGUACACUGCCGCUGAGCUCAUGUUUGACCCAUCACUCAAGAACAUCAACUCUGUCAGUCUCGUGGAGAUGACAGCUGACAUGGUCACCAAGUCCGAGGCCAAGGAUCUCCUCAAGCAUGUCGUUAUCACAGGUGGAAACAGUGUAAUUCCAAACUUUGUUGAGAGAUUCACAAGGGACUUCCACGUGCUAAUGCCAGAUAUUGAGGUGUUGGCAAGUGAUGACCGUAUGAAUGACGUGCUGAAAGGUGCCAAGGUAGAUCAAGCUCUGUCCAAGUCACUCCACGCCGACAUGAACACUCACAUCAAGCAGCCAAUUCUUAAGAAGAAGAAGUAG